GCAGCAGAACCUUACCUGUUCCUCUGUCCAGCGCUGUGCAGUCUUCCCGCGCGCCGGCAUCUGUCUGCAGUCUCUGGUCAUCUCCUGUACUGUCCGCAGUCUCUAGUCAUCUCCUGUACUAUGUCCGCAGUCUCUGGUCAUCUCCUGUACUGUCCGCAGUCUCUAGUCAUCUCCUGUACUAUGUCCGCAGUCUCUAGUCAUCUCCUGUACUAUGUCCACAGUCUCUGGUCAUCUCCUGUACUGUGUCCACAGUCUCUAGUCAUCUCCUGUACUAUGUCCGCAGUCUCUAGUCAUCUCCUGUACUAUGUCCGCAGUCUCUGGUCAUCCCCUGUACUGUGUGCAGUCUCUGGUCAUCUCCUGUACAAUGUCUGCAGUCUCUGGUCAUCUCCUGUACUAUGUCCGCAGUCUCUGGUCAUCCCUGUACUAUGUCCGCAGUCUCUGGUCAUCCCCUGUACUGUCUGCAGUCUCUUGGUCAUCCCUGUACUGUCUGUAGUCUCUGGUCAUCCCUGUACUGUGUCUGUAGUCUCUGGUCAUCCC